AUGCACAUUUGUUCAUUGAAAGGUGAUGGACAGCCACCGCCGCCCCCGGAAUGCCAUCAUUUGAACGACACGUGCGGAGGUGUCCGACAAUACAAGUGCUGCGACGGCGAGAGUUUGCUAUGCAUUUACGAGCAGCCAAUACAUCCCGAGGCCAUCGGUGUCUGCGAGUAUAGGUGUUCGGCUGAAGGAGGCGUUUGUGGCGGUUAUGCCAUCGAUCCUAAGAUGACACGACUUUGUGAUUGGUUUAGAAGUUUAUGUGAGGAGAACCCGAGGAAUAAUACCAAUACUAGUAAAGAGACUCAAAAGUAUGCCAAAGACUCAUUUGAUCGCUUCGGCGAUGAUUUGAUACGACUUUUGUUGUCAUAUCAUUCAUACGAUGAAAGGUUUGACGGCUUUGAGAGCAGAUCCCAACACGAAUGCGUCUCAAAGCAGUUCCAGCGAUGCAUUUACGACACAAUUAAUGAGAUACAUAUCGACUACGAAUUGAUUGCAAGCGUUAAAGCCAAAGAAGUAGAUCUAUCAAACCAAGACUUGUGCCUCAAAUUUGUUGCAUUUCUUCAGAAAAAGUGUCCAAAUAUUGUAAAGAUAACGCAUAAUCAUUGGUCAUCGGGUUCUUAUUCCGGACCAUUACUACAAGCCAUGGAUCAGUUGCGCAACGAUUGGCCGCAUCUAAAAGAUAUGUCUAUUGAUACCGACCAACUGAUCCCAUAUGAAGAAGACUUUCCCAAUUUAUGUUCUUUAAACACUUCAAACAUGGAUCUGAUGUUCACCACAAAUGACAAUCACUUAAUGGCAUUCAAUCACUUGAAAGACAUCCGUUUCUAUUGGGCCGACACUCAAUACAAUUGCCAUAGAUUUAAGGCAUUUGUCGACUAUUAUUCCUCUCGACUUCAGAUUAUCGAGUGCUUAAUGAUUAAUAUAAAGGAGGACUCGGAGACAAAUGUCACCCAAAUAGUUAAUGCUAAGAACUGGAGGACACUCUAUAACCGAUUGGAAUAA